GGUGGGGGUGCUGGCUGCGGGCAAGUGCAUGGAACUAGACAGCAGCCGAAUCCAUCAGCACUCCUGGUUAACGCCAGCAGCACUAACGUAAUCCAAAGAGAAUUGGCGACAAAAGAGAAGAAGAAUGACGGCGAAAAAAAAGGAGAAGACGACGAUGGCGUGUCUCCCCUCUUUGUUCCAUAUCCUUCGCAGGUUGCAUCUUUAUUUCUAAAUCUCUAUUCGUCUUUUGAGCUUUCACUCUCGUCUCUGUCUCAGUGGCCUUCAGCACAAAAAUUAGCAUCUGCGAACUCGGUACUUGUUUUUAUUGCUGUACUUGGCGAUGGUACUGUUGGUGGUGCCGAUGCCGAUGCCGAUGACGGUGAUGAAGUUGAUGGUAGUAUAUGA